CUUAGUUUGAAGGUCGUAAAUUGAAUUUUUACCGGGCGGUAUAAAAUAAAUAAGAUUGUACGCGGUUUUUUUGCGAGUUUUUGGCGCAAAAAACCGCUUAAUAGUGUACAUAUAUAAAGAGGUAAUAUUUUUCGAUUGAACUUCAUUUCAUUUAUUAUUGUUCCGAGCGUCACACUGAAAAUAUCAUUCAAAAAUUACUUUUAAAAUGGUCGUAGAAAAGUGUAUAUUACGUUAUGCCAAAUUAACUAAUAAUGCUUUUGCUCCCGUUAAAGGAUCAGCUAAAGCGGCAGGAUAUGAUUUAAGAAGUGCCUACGACUGUGUUGUUCCAGCACGUGGAAAGUCAUUAGUAAAAACUGAUCUACAAGUUCAUGUUCCAAGUGGAUCUUAUGGAAGGGUAGCACCUCGAUCAGGAUUAGCAGUUAAGAAUUUUAUAGACGUUGGUGCUGGUGUUGUUGAUGAGGAUUACAGAGGAAAUUUAGGAGUUGUAUUAUUUAAUCAUUCGGACACAGAUUUUGAAGUCAAAAAGGGGGAUAGGAUCGCUCAGUUUAUCUGUGAACAAAUAUUUUAUCCAGAACUGGUUGAAGAAGAAUCUCUUGAUGAAACUGAACGUGGUGAAAAUGGUUUUGGUUCCACUGGUGUGAGUGGAGACGUCCCAGAGAAAAAAUCUAAAAUAGAAGAGUAAUACCUUUUUUUUAUAUACAUAAGUAUAAAAUAUUAAUGUUAAAAGCACCAAACGUCUACAAACUAAGGAAAAGUGAAACUAAAAGUAUUAAUUUCUUGUCGAUUGUUCCUACUGGUUAAUAAUAAACUGACAAUUUUUAUAAAAUUGUUAAAAAUAGUUAUAUUCUGUUAGAUUUAAUUUGUCUAAAUCAUGUACAACCUAUUGAUUAUAUGGGGAAAAUUAAUAUGUUAGUGCCAUUUAAGUUUUCCAGAAAAUGUAAAUUUCUUGUUUCCAAUGUUGGAAUAUUUAAAUUUGUGUCUUAAACUCUUGGUGAAAACUGAUACAUAAGUACUUGGCUAAGAAAUUGUAAAUUAAGUAGGGCAAUACGUUAUUAGGAUUACCAAAAACUUCACAAAAUCAAAACUGAAAUUUUCAAGACUAAAAUUUAUUUGAAAAUAACUUGUUUAAAAAUAAAUACUUUUGUUAGUUGAAAACACGCAAUUCAAAAUUUAAUUUUGGGAAGUUAUACAUAUCUUAUAUAUAAUACAAAUUUUAUAUAUUAAUUAUAACAAAUUUUUACUUGGUCAGUUUAACCAAAAUUUAAAAAACCAACAUUCAGUACUUAACAAUUUAUAAACAAACAAUAGUCAG